AUCAGCUGAUCGAACUACUUCCUGUUUACUUCAGAGAAGUGACCGGUUACUUUAGUUCAGCUACUGUACUUCAUAUAAAACCCAUGUAAAAUACUCGGUUUUGUUUCUGUCCUCUCAUCAUGGCUCAGGUUGUUCGUUUCUUUCUGCUGCUGCUCUGCGCAGCGGCUCCGUGCUCUGCUGCUCCGACCGGAAGCAGCUACCUGUCAGGAACAGGCAGGUUCUGGCACAUCACGGACCUCCACCUGGACCCCAGCUACCACCUGGCCCAGGACCCCACCAAGGUUUGCUUCUCCUCCAAAGGAGCCCCCGCCACCCAGGCCGGUCUGUACGGAGACUUCCUGUGCGAUUCCCCCUACAGCCUGAUCCAGUCGGCCUUCGCCAACAUGGCGCCUCUCACACAGCCAGAGGACUUCAUCAUCUGGACCGGGGACAGUCCGCCUCACGUCCCUCCAGAUGAGCUGUCUACUGACUUGGUGAUCCAGGUGAUCAGUAACAUGACGCAGACCAUCACUCAGCAUUUCCCCAACCUGACCGUCUUCCCUGCACUGGGAAACCACGACUACUGGCCACAGGACCAGAUGCCAGACUCGACUAACGACAUCUACAAAGCAGCUGCUGCUCUGUGGAAACGCUGGCUGGAACCUGAAGCUCUCACCACUCUCUCACAAGGUGGUUUCUACUCCCAGCUGGUAAAACCGGGCCUGCGCCUGCUGAGCCUCAACACCAUCCUGUACUACGGACCUGAUAAAGUCACCAUCAACAUGACCGACCCAGCCGGGCAGUUUGAGUGGCUGGAGAAAACUCUGGAGAAAUCUGCUCAGAGCAAAGAAAAGGUGUACGUCAUCGCCCACGUCCCGGUGGGAUACCUGCCCUUCGCCGGGAACACCACCGCCAUCAGAGGGAGCCACAAUGAGAGGCUGGUGGCCAUCUUCAGGAAGUACAGCCAUGUUGUUGCAGGGCAGUUUUAUGGCCACACCCACAGAGACAGCAUCAUGGUGCUGCUGGAUGAACAAGGACAUCCUGUGAAUUCUCUGUUUGUGUCGCCGGCUGUUACACCCAUCAAAAGCUUUUGGGAGCCGUAUUCCAACAACCCAGGUUUCCGCAUGUAUCUGUACAACAAUAAGGACUACAAUGUCAUGGAUAUCUGGCAGUACUAUCUGAAUCUGACGGAAGCCAACGAGAAACAAAGGUCCGACUGGAGGCUGGAAUACAUCAUGACCAAGGCUUUUGGACUGAGCGACCUGCAGCCGAAAAGCCUGCUUCAGCUGGGCCUGAGCUUCAUGCUGCCGCAGAGCAAAGCCUUCGAUAAGUACUUCACCCACUUCAUGGUCGACUACAGCAACAGCAUCGUCUGUGAUGGAAGCUGCAAGGUCCGCCAGGUGUGUGCUGUUCUCUACCUGGACCAGCAGUCGUACUCCAAAUGUGCUGCCAGUGCAGACUGGUAGCAAGUUUAUCCUCAGGAAACUAAAAUCUUUAGCACGUUUUUGUAUCUGCUGGAAUCAAAUAAAAGGGAAAUGCCUUCACUGAAACCAUCAGGAUUUUAUCCAAACUGGUGUUUCAGUUUUAUGUCACUUUAUGCUUUACUUGAUGGAUGUGGAGAAUCAUAUUUUUAUGAUCUGCAUAAAUGCUAAUAUAGUUUGGAAACAUAAAAUGAACAACUGAUGGUUUCUAUGGUUACUUUUUCUGUUUGACUUUUGGUUAAACUGAUCAUAAAUAAAUGCUGUUUAUGUUUUACAAACUGAUUAUGUGAUAUGUUGAGCAGCACAACAGUGGAACUACUUGAUAUAAUUAUUUAAUGAUGAAUUUUUACGUUUCAUGACCAAAAACUGUUGUUGCAUAUUCUAUAAAACCAGAAGAUGUCAUGAUGUAUAUUUUAGUCUACAUUCCUCAGCUCUUUCUAGAUAGGUUGAUUUUAUUUUAUUGAUUUAAAAUGUGUCAAAGUGCAAUUAUAAUCCCAAAAUGUGUUGCUACUUUAUGUUGGAUUUCCACAGUUUCUGUUUCCAUGGAAACUAAAUCUAGUAUUUAGAAAUAAUUUGGGUUAAGUACAAAAAGUGUUUUCAAAUUUAGAAUUUUUCUGAUAUUCUGAAAAUAUCAGAAACUCAAACUUUCUAUGGAUAAGCUGAAUAUCUGAAAUUGAAAUUUUAAUUAAAACUAUUUAGCAGUCAAUAAAGUUAGCUUAAAUAUUUCCCGAAUAAAUAAUUUGUAUUUUAAGAAAAAAAUAUAUAUAUAUUUUAUUUUACAGUUUUUACUCGUUACUGGAAACAUCGGUAAACCAAAAAAAUAUCUUGCUCAAUUAAUGAAUCAUUUUUUUCGAUAGGUGAUUGUAAGUGCUGCCUAAAGAUAAACAGAAUUAUUUACAGAUAUAAAUACAUGAUUUUCUGUUUUUGUGUGUGCUUUUGGUUAACCCUUUCUUGCACUUCAUCAUUACCAUAAGAAAUGCACAGUGUGUUUGUGUGUCAUCAGGAAUGUGUUUGUGGAGAAUUGAGCCUGUAUCCAGGAUGGGAGUUCAGUUGAUUCAGGAUCAUUUAAUGGGAACAAAUCGUGUUGUUGUUUGACUAAAUGUUUGUUUUACAGAUGCCAUGUUAUUGUGAGAUUUUUGUUAUCUAAAACUAAUUAAAUGUGAAUCAGGUCA